GGCACCACAACACGGUAGCUGCAACUUGUGUUCAUGACUUCACACAUUGUUGAUUAAGUGGAGUCACAAUUUGUUAGUGUUUUGGAACUAGAGUGAAUAAAUCAAGUGCUAAACAGGAUUAUUUAUUCAGUGAAAUAUGCGUCCCAGAAUUCAGCUGAAGAUUGUUACAGUACAGAUGAAAUAUUUGCAAUUUAUGGAGCCUGUUAUUGGCUUGAUGAAAAAUGUAUUAGAAAAAAGUAAGACGUGGAUAGAAGAUACAAAUGACAACCCGUCUAUCACAUACAUAGAGCUUUGCCAGGAACUUGCAUCAGCGACCACGGCCUUGUUGGAUGUAGCUUCAAAUAUUUUAAGUGAAAAUAAAGAGCCGGUUGUUGUUGAUGGUAGAACGCCAUCUUUAGCUCAGUCUACACUACAUACUACAGCAACCGAAAAACGUUCCCCUAGUGAAUUAACUUAUCAAGUCACUAAACUAAGUCAACAAUCAGCUGAAGUAUUCACUCGACUAGGACUUCUAGAAAACAGAAUAUCUUGUCUACAAGGCACAACGCAAAAAACUAAGGAAAGCAUAUCAGAAAGAAAACAACGGAGAGACAACUUUGUAACAGAACAGAGUGACAUGGGGGUAAACCUUGAACAACUGACUAAAAAACAAAAACAGAACUUUAAAAACAUCAGAAAACAAAUGAGUGAACAAGAUAACAAAAUAAAGGAGAUGAACAAAGAUAUUGAAAGUUUAAAAGAAAAAGAAACAAGGUCAAAUAAAACAUUAGAGAAGCUGACACUAGAAAUAAAAGAAUUUGAAAACAACUUACAAAAAAUAAAUAUAGAGAUGCAAGCUAAUGCAGAUGGAAGAGACGGUAUGAAAGAAGAAAUUAAAAGCCAUUCUGAUUUGAUUGUUUCUUUACAACAUGAAAAUAAUAAAAUCUUGGAAAAAACAUCAAACGUAAUUGAACAGUUGCAAUCAAAGCACAGUGUUAUGUACAAACUCCUACAACAAAGGUUGAUGCCGAUUGAGAAACUGAUUCAAAUCUUUAACCAGAACUUGGAAACUAGGGAAAAAAGAAAAAAGAUGCUGGGUGAACUUGAAAAUACUAUUUCAAAGUUUUGUAGCGUUUUCCAUCUCAUCGAGUCACGUGUAUGUAACAGAUAUGCUUGUCAUGUACAGCUUGCUGGUCCCACACCUGUUAGAGCUGGAUCAAUUAUUUCAAGAUUUAGUGAAGUACGUGAAUAUAACGGCCAACAUUUUAAUCAGACAACAGGGACAUUUGUAUCACCACAUGAUGGUUUAUUUCUUGUAUGUGUCAAUCUGAAUGAAAGUAAAGAUAAACAGAUUUUAGUUAGUGUGAUGGCUGGAGGCGUGUGGUGUAGGUUUAUAGAUGUGAAAUCAUCAGUUGUUGUUGACAUGAAGAAAGGUCAAGAACUUUACUUUCAAGUGUUUCUCGCAGAUCAAGGCUCAACGUUAUCCUGCUAUAGUAGUUUUAAUAUCGUUAGUUUAUAGAAGUACUACACAAAACAUGGUGGAAAGGAAAUUCUCAAAUAAAAUAUGUAACCACCAUGUUAAACACACGCUAACAACCAACUAUGUGUGUAGACUACAUGUAUAAAAAAACAACUUGAAUGAUUUAUAUGUUAUUUGUCUAGCCAUCAUUACACAGUUCCAUAUAACUCAAUGCCAUCACCAUCUUCCUGGUAUGUGAGCUCUAGGUGUAUGGUUAAAAUCAUUUGUUAAAUUUGCAUACAUACAUUUGAUGUGUUAAACAUAAACGUAUUUUUCUGGUUGAAUUAGUAAUUAAGAUCUAGAGAUUUAAGACAAAUCAAAUGAACUAUUUGAAACACGAAGGCUUGAAUACGUUUAAUCGACAAAAUUAUUAUUUACCUUACGUAUUAAAAUACGUGAAGAAAAAAAAAUGUUUUUAUUAACCUGGAUGUAACUGUUAUUGUGAUCAUUACAUUUGUUCUAUUACAAACAAUAGACUACAAUUUUUCUAUAUUAAAAACCCUAUUUUCGUUUGAGUAUGAUUGUGUCAGUAAAAUUCGCACAACACGUAGGCCCUAUAACUAUCUAAAUACAUCCAUGUGUCUUAAAAUUGUGUUAUAUGGAUAGUUUCUUCUUAUGGUAUAAUCAAUAUGUGAUCGUGCAGGGUUAGAUCGACAGAUUUAUAUUGAAUAUUUUAUGUCAAUACACAUAUAACAGGAUAUGUACAUGUAGUCCGUGAUGCAAUGAGAUCGAAUACACCAUCAAGUGGCAGUAUAAAUAGCGAUGUUUUUAAACAGACAAUAACACAAACAUCUACAUUUUUUUUAUUCUCGCAUUCGCUGACAAAUUUUAAAACAUUGAUAAUCGAGGGAUAAUUUAUAACUUCGAUUUAUAAUAGAUAAAUUGAAAGUUAUUUCCAUUUAUAAUUAAUAACAUAGUAUAAACAUAAUUUAGGUGAAAAAGGAACUGAUUUUAAAAAU